AUGGUGGUGUUUCACAAUGAGGUGGAGAUUGAGGACUUCCAGUAUGAGGAGGACUUGGAGAUGUAUUUAUACCCCUGCCCAUGCAGGGAUACCUUUUCCAUCACCAAGGAAGAUUUGGAGAAUGGAGAAGACAUGGCAACAUGUCCUAGCUGUUUUCUCAUUACAAAAGUGAUUUAUUACAAAGAUCAGUUUAUGUGUGGAGAAAAAUUCCCAGCACCUUCCACCAACAAAGAAUUAGUUAAAUGCUGA